UGGAGAGCGCAGCUAACUGUCAGUGGGCGAGCGUCCGGCCAAUGAGGGCGCUGUUGAGAGUGACGUGACAACGUCGCAGUCUAGCUCGGAGUCGUCGCUCGACCACGACUGUUCCUUCGUAGUCGGUCGUAGUCCGUGUCUGACAGUGCGGCUCGCUGCUGCAUAACCGUCCGCGGAGGGCCCGUCGGGGCCCGCGAUAGAGAUAGAGAGAGAGAGAGAGAAGACGCACACACGCGCGACGAUAAGUCGCCACCACGAUGACAGAUCUGACAGCGUCGUCGGCAACGAACGUACCUGGCACGAGCGAGGUAACGACGGUGCGACAACAGCAUAGCUGUCGAGCGCGAUAGAGAGAGAGAGAGAAAGAGAGAGCCGUUGCUGCCAACGGGAGCAGCCGAGUUCUCGUCGCGCGACGAUCACCGGGGGUGUUUCGCUUGGCGUUACCUCCGAGGAAGAGAGAAGCAGCGUUGGACGCCACGGGGAAAAAAGGAGCAGUGUGUGAUCGCGGAAGGAAGAAGAGAGAGGAUACGGGCAACGUGUGGCGGCGCGACAGGAGGAAAAGAGGAGAACAGGCGGUCGGUAGCCAUUCGGAAGUAACAGUGUCAAAGCACCGCCGUGCAUCUGGGACGUCAGUGGGACAAGUGAGUGCGCGCGUGCCCAUCGUCGGCGUGUGUCAACGUGUGUCAGAGUGGCCUGGCGAUCGGAGAGAGAGAGAGAGGAGACAGUCAAUCGGUGCGGGCGGGCGUCCGUCCACUCCGGUCGCGCCGUCUCCGUCCGACCAGUCGCGUCGCGUGGCUCCUUCUCGUUCCGCCUUUUCACUGGCGCGACACGCGUACGUAAGGUAUACGUGCGCGCGCGAUAGAACCGACGACGGCGCGGCCGAGUGUGCCGGAGCGGAUCGACCGUGGAAAAAUUCCCGGAUAAUGGAGAGUUCCGCGUGUGCCGUCGACUGAGGCGAUCGGGCGUGAAUCUUUCCGUGUGUGUAUCUUCCACCGGGAAGGUGGAGGCAGGGAGACGGACGGAACGGGAGAGAUUAGGUUAGGCCGAACCGCGUCACCGCACCUCCCACUCCCCCGGGUGCACCAUCUCGCUUCUACGUGCACGCCCGUUCCCAUCUUGCUCCUGCCCGACGGACGACGUGGAGGGAGAGAAACGCGAGAGAGAGGCACGAAAAGGGAGAGCGAGGGAGAAAAAAAAUAAGGAAAGAGGGUGAGAGACGUCGACGACGACGACGACGGUGCGCGACGGUGGCUGGGGAAUCCGAGGAAAAGCGGGAGAAAAACACAAAUGCCGAUCGCCGGUGGAAUUCUGGUCGCUGGAUCGACGACGACGGUUCCCUGCGUGUCCUCCACCACUGGCAUGCUACGUUUCAUCGACAGGCUUUCAGGGAAGCGGCGGCACGUGCGCCGGAGUUCUGGCCCAGGUGCUGGAGCUCGUGCUGUCGAGGAGACGCAAGGAGGAGGAAGAGAGGCUAACGACAGAGGACGGCACGAGGUGGGAGGAGGAGGCGUAGAGGAAAUCAGCUCGCCGGUGGCGAGGAGCAAAUUCUGCUGCGACGACAGCGGUAUCAGCAACAAGCGCCACUAUCACUCCUCGCCGCCGCACCUUCACCACCUCCUUCAUCGCCACAAUCGCCGGCAGCCGCGCCGGCGAUAUCACUGUCGGACGGACAUCGACGACGACAGCAAUGACGACGAGGACAAAAAGGAGGACGGAGGUAACGAUGAGGACGACGAGGACGAGGACGACGAGGACGACGGGAACGACGAGGGCCUCGAGUGCUUUCACUCGCGUCUGCAUCAGCGAUUCUACGACCGGCGGUCCAGCAGGUCGAGCGACGUCGUCGGCGCUCGGCUCGACGUCGAGCACGUCGAGGUCCGUCGGGCCGAGACGACGACGACGACGACUACUACUACCGUCCAUCAUCCUCUCGUACGGACCUCGCCGGCCGCCGCCAGAAGCACCGCCAGCACUACCGUCGCUGCUAACCCCUCUGUCGUCACUGCCAUGGCGAGAGGAUGCAAAAUUCCACCCUACCUCGCGACGAUAUUAAUUCUCUCCUAUACUCUCCUCGGUAUCGCAGAUGCCUGCUCGUCGCGCUCGACGCCGAAACCGAGGCCGCCGACGCCGACGGAUCGCCCGAACAUCACAUUCCACAUGUACACAUGUCCACCGGAUUACGCAGAGUGGUAUUGCUUGAACGGCGCCACGUGCUUCACCGUUAAAAUUGUCGACUCCCUCCUGUAUAACUGUUUGUGCGCCAACGGAUACAUCGGGCAGAGAUGCGAGUUUAAGGAUUUGGAUGGUUCCUAUUUACCUUCACGGCAACGAGUAAUGCUGGAGACAGCCAGCAUCGCCGGCGGUGCCACAAUAGCAGUAUUCCUCGUCGUUAUCAUUUGUAUAGCGGCUUAUAUCCAUUGUAAGCGAAAGCAGAAGGAAUUGCGGUCGAGCAGUAGCUGCAUCGACACGGUGGAUGGUCCCGGCCGAGAUCCGGAGCUGAGGCCGUUCAGCAACCGCAGCCGCCCUCUCACGAUCUUCAUGGCGAAGAGCCCCAACUGCUCGGCAACGAUAGAGCAGACCAGAAUGCCCGGCUGGAAUUGUCCAGAGACGGAAUCGAUGAGGAUGGCGUCCAUCGGCGAGAACAAGCACCCGAGCCAAUAGCGAAGCACAGUCGCCGUCCACGUAUCGCAACGUCCCGCCGUGGCGAUUCGCAAUCGGCAACCUGCCGCCGACAUUCGCCUCGGGACGACCGGGUCGUCACUCGAAUCAUAGCGCGAGGUAGCUCUCGACGUUCCUCGAGCAUAGCAGCGCAGAGCGGCCUUUAGUAGUAGCCUUUAAUAGUAGCAGUCAACUCUUGUUGGAGGUGUCAUCGAUCAUUCGAUCCGGCGAGUGACUCUCUCUGAGAACGCGCGACGCACUGAGAGAGUCGUCGAGUACGCACGAGUUGUGACGUUGAUUUCCGAGCUGAGCCAAGUCGAAACAUUCCCGAGAAUUGUCGUACUCGAUCCUCCUCGCCGCCGUCUCGCGACUCGAUCGCGUCGUCCGGCGUUCCCUUCGCGUCUGUUAUUCCUUCCAGCGAGAGAGACGUCUCCUCUCGUUGAACGAUCGAAAUCCCCCCCGCGAAGAAGAGAAGAAGCAAGGAGACCUCGCACGAGAAGGAGAACACAGUGUCGCGUGAGAGGAGAAAGCGAAGAAAACGAAGCGUUUCCAUUAAGACCC